AGGGGACAAUUAAUUAUGGUUUCACUAAGUGCAAUGGAGAGAGAAAGAGAAACAGAGCGUGAAAAAGCUCGCAAAGAACGGCUAGAAAUGAUGAAGCAACCGGAACGCAUAACACCAACAUUUACAGAACCUAUCCGGGUUGCGGAUCCAACUGAUGAUAUGGAAAUUCGUCUCCAAAAUGUUCUGGGACCAUACAAGACUUUCCGACCAAUUAUAGAUUCAUCCAUCCCCUCAAGCAACAUUAUUGGUGUGCCGAACCAAUUAGCGACACCGACAACAAUUAAAUUGACCCAUCCCCUUCGCACAAGCAGUCCAAAAACUCCAAACUCUUUAACAGAGAGUAAGUCUAAGUCAUCUUCGCCAUAUAAUAAAGACAGCUCCAGAAAGGAUAGUAAAAUAAAAAAGAAUGGUGUAUUAAGUAGCAGUCAGGGAAAGUCUUCUAGUAGUAGUAAUAGUCACCAAAAGCAUCCUGGGAAGACUAAAAACGUUGUCAGCCCGGCCGUCCAAUCAAGUUCAUCCCAGCAUCGCUCUUCAUCAUCGUCCUCCCACACCAAAACACAGGACACAAAAACCACACCAGUGAAAUCAGAACGUACCCAAAAUCUAAAAUCGCCUGCCAGCAAAGAAAAAAGCAAGCCUGCCGGCCAUACUCAUUCUCAGAAGUCGUCAACUCAACGUGCGUUGAACACGGUGAAGAUCGAGCCAAAUUCAAACAGUGCAAAGACAACGCCCAAAGUUAUGCAAAAAACGGAACACACGGAACAGAAAUCAAAAUCAAAGUCAAAGGAUUCCUCGUCAAGUUCUAGGUUUUCACAUUCGGAAACAAGGCAUGAAGUGGACGUAAAAAACAUGGCUAAUUUCAGCACGCUAAGCGAUUCAAAAUCGAGCAUAUUUGACGUGGAUGAGGAGGAUUCGGCUUUAGGGUCAUUAUCUCAACAUAGCCAGCCAAGUGCACUCAAAAUCGAGAUACCUCCAUUGUCCAAGACGUCUCAAACUCAAGGACGGUCAAUUUUUGUGGAUGACAUUUUUAAGGAAAUGAUAGAUAUCCAAUGUCCACUCACUGCACUUCCUACGCCAAGCAAGCCAACGCAAACACAGUUCCCAUUUUCGCAGCAGACAAUCAAGACAGAAUCAGGCCACUCCAGACCGGCAAUGAUAGCUCCACAUAAAAAACAACCAGAACACCCAGAGAAGAAUACUGACGAACAGUCAAAUGAAAAUGGAUCUGAUCACCAUAACAUGUCAAGUGAUGACGAGAACGAUGAUUCCAUGGAUCACGUCCGUAAUAACGGCGGUGCUCACGAAGACGGAUCCCCCAGGAUGAAGCGAACUUUGAGUUCAAGUAGUGGGAGCUCAAGCGAAUCUGACUCGGAAAGCGAGAGCAGCGACAGUGAUGUGUCCGUUAGCGAUGCAGAGGAAGAUACGAAUGAACAAGUGAAGACUAGUGGAAAGUGGUCGUUGAGCCAAUAUGUGCAGAAAUUACACAGUGAACAAAACAAAUCACCAGGCGUGUCAUCGUCCAUCCCUACAUCUAAUGGCCCACGAUUUUUUUCGGAGCAAGAUGGUGGCCAAAGAAAAUCUCCAGGUACUUUUGGUCGCAGCUUUGAAUUGCCCACCGCCGCAGACAGUGGUAGCAAUAAGGACAUCUUCAACAAAUACGAUCAUUUUAAAACGUUUCGGGAUUUAUCAGAGAAAGCUCAAGCUCCGACAUUGCAGUCGGAGAAGGCAGAAAUUCGGAAGUCCACCGUAAAUACCAAAAGUAGUAAUCCUACCGUUGCUCCAAGAAAGGAGCAAGUGAAAGACAAACAGAAAAGUGGUAAAACGAAAGGCCUACCAAAGAAAACAAAGCCGAGUUCAAAACCGAUUGCGAGCCAACAACCUAAGAGCAAGAGUGCACAAAAGCACUCGGUUAGUCCCAUGAAAUCGCCCGUAAAAGGCGAGACCAAGAAGGUGACAAACUCUAAACCUAAAGUUGAACCAAAUAGUAAAAACGGUAAAUCAAAGAAAACUAUAACUAAGGAGUUUGUGACUCCAGAAUUUGUGGUUACUAGUAGUGACAGUGAGGAUGACGAUAAUAUAUCGGAAAAAGUUUACGUUGCUCCGCAACCGCAAAAGUCACGCAGCCACUCUGUUCAAAAGCUAUCGGCUGUUUCACGCAGCCCAGCAGUUGUACGUAGUCCGGGAGUUUCACGGAGUCCAGCUGUUUCUCAUGCCUCGUCUGAUUCGAGGACCCCAGAACAACGUCAAGAAAGUAAGAAGGCUAGCCAGGAUAGUAAGAAAUCCUCGAAUAAAUUAAACAAGCCUCGGACUAAUAAAGAAAAAUCAAGCUCCACAAAGUUAAAGAAAAUAAGUCGGACUACUGAAGAAAUAUUUAAUAACGAAAUUACGGAGCAAAUUUUAUCACCUAUCAAAAGCAGCUCUGAGCAUGCUCUGUCGAAAUCUCAUAUAGUUUACAAAGAGGAUGGCAAUCCCUCAUUAGUUGUAAGGUUUGACCUCGAAAACUUGGACAACAUUCCACGGAAACGAAUGCCUUCGGAAGCACAUGACGAAGUCGAAAAGGAUGGCAGGGAAGAACCAGUACAUGUGGAGGAACCAAAACCGGUAACAUCAGUGAGGGUGCAAAAGAGAAAACCAGAACAAGUUAGUGAGAGUGAGGAAAGGCAGCGAGUUGGAAUCAAGAAACCAAAAUUACUAACAAAAUCGAAAUCACCAAGAGCUGAAGGAGUCAGCACGCCACAUGAUUGUGAUGAAACUCCGGUUGAAAGAAAUCCGGUACUCGAGAGGCAAUCAAGCGUGACAAGUAUGUGUAGUUUACAGUCCGAACAAAGUGUAAAAAGUGAAAAACCAAAUUCAGCGAGUAAAAAACGUAAACAACCAUCCAUCUCACGCACGAAGUCAACACAGAAGGAUCAUAGUAAGAUACGUGAAUGGGAUGCACCUACCGUCAAACGAGAACGACGCCCGGAGGAUUUAGAAUCGACCAAUAAGAUGAGUAGGACAUGUUCGGGGGCAGCGGAUCACGACACGAGGCCGAGCGCCGUCGUGAGACCUAGACCUCGGGUUGAAAUAUCAGAAAGGCCGAUGGGAGUUGAUGACUACCUGAAAGAGGCAAAGAAAUUAAAGCAUUUUGCUGAUGCUUUGGCGGACAAGAGUGCGAAAGCGCCAGCGUACGUCGAUGCGGUUCUGUACUUCAUACUUUGCGGCAAUGCCAUGGAGGAUGACCAGCAUAUUUCCGACGAGAAACCUUUAACCAUGUACACCGAUACCAUUGAACUUAUCAAAUUUAUUCAUAGAUUUAAAGAUCCAAGAUCAGAAAAUGUAGCAGUUGACAAAAAAUUAACUGUUCUGUGUUUCCGUUGUCAAGCUAUUCUCUAUAUGCGGAUGUUCCGGCUCCGGAAGGACGCCGCAUGGAAGCACUCGCAGCAUCUUAAAGAUUAUUUCAAGAACGUCUCUAAGACUCAGCAAGCUCCAUCGCCUUGGAACUCAUCCAAAUGUACAGGCACUCCAUCGCCGAUGUCCCCCACCCCAUCCCCGGCAGGAAGUGUGGGGUCAAUAGGUUCACAAAGCAGCACCAAUGGCGACCCCUUCUCGUCAUCGUCUCAGAAUCGCCUGUCAAACGGCAUGGGACUGAUGUCUCCGGCGAGCGUCUCCAUCUCUCAGAAAAUGCACACGGUCAUGUCUUCGUACUUCACCAUUACUAAUCAUCACCUUUACAGCUUAGAUCUCUGGGAAAAAGCUGAAACAUGUCUUCAAGAAAAUGCAGAGUUCUUCCGGGAGCUUGAUCAGGAAUGUGGGGCGUUGUCCCUCUACAACAGUACUCUCAUCGAUCUUGUCAAGUACGUGCGCGCAGGCUUACGGUGGCUCAAGGAAACAUGACAUCAUUAGCGUGGUGCUCUCCGCCGGCACCAUCACCUCUCAUCUGCUAGUCAUUAACCAACUCCCAACUUGAACCGCUCAACUCCAUGUCCAGAUUGUGCCAGCACUUGGUCUUUAAAUUUAAAAGCUUAAACUGUUCCACCUUGUAUCUUUAAAUUUUGUACUGAAAAAAUACCAAUUGAAGUAUAGGAUGCAUAAAUGUGAUGCAUUGUGAGUGAUGUUUGAGUACUACUAAAGGGGUUUAAGUAAUACUCAUAUAAAUAUGUGGGCGUAUUUAAGGGGGUAACAUGUUUUGAUGGGAAAAAUCAGACCCAUGAUUUUUUUUCUAUCUUUUUACUUCUCCCCAUUGCUUGCCUUUCUAAUGAUUUGCACCCCCUCAUUUUACACAUUUUUCUCUUCCUUUAGCAGGGAUAUAAAUUUAAAAUGUUUUUAAUUUUUGAAUUUUAUAUAAUUAUAUAGAAAUGUUUUUAUUCAGAGAGAUCCUGAAAGCAUAAUGAAGAGAAAAAAGAUUCUUACACCAAGCUCACAGAAUGUAGAAAAUUCUUGUAGAUAAUUUGAGUCAUGACAUAACUGUAUCAUGUGACAUUUAACCACAAAUCACAGUCCAGGUAUUCAGGUACUAAUUCUUAUUACUGUUUUCAAUUCAAGUUUUACAUUCAAUCCUACCUGAGCUUGCCAAUGCAAAAAUUCUAUCAACAGUAUUUCACUUAAUAAUAAUUCACCAAUUGUUAUAUACUUUUAUGUUGUUAAAAAGACAAGUAUUAUUAACAGUAAUGUCUAUUGUCUUUUAUAUUAAUUUUUCCAUUGUAUGCCUAAUUAUAUAAUUUUAUUUAAUUAUUGGUAUCAUUUAAUGUUGAUGUUAUUGUUAAAUUAGUAUUUUGUUAUCUAUUUACUUUUUCCAUUGGCCAAACUACAAGAAAUUCUCAAAGAGAAUUAACAUACUGAAUGGGUUCUAUAAAUAGAAUAGCUUUUCUUGCCAAAGUCUACCAAAAACUUCAAUAGGCUAUUUUUCAUGUUAAAAAUAAUAUUGAUUCCUUACCAUCUGUAAAUUACUUAAAAUUGUUCCCUUCCCCCCCCCCCCAAUUUUCAUAUCCUCCUUUUGUCUUCCAAGAGUAGCUUCCAACCUUUAAACUUUUCUAAAGUGAACUUUAACCUUAGUUCACAAUAUCACCCCUUAUAUGAAAUCAAUCAACUGGUAAUUACAUAAAGGGGGUUUUCACCAAGUGCUAGGGUCAUUAAAACGGUGAACUUUUUUUUCUAUAAGGUUUCACACCUACAUGCUUGGUAAUAAUUAAUUUUUAGUAGUAUUAAUUACCAUAAUUAAAUGUAUUAGUAGUCAGUAGCUGUGUCAGUGAAUCAGAUCACAAUCUUAAUAUGUGUAAAGAGUUACUAUUAGUUUAAGUAUUCGUAGGUGCGGGAUUUCACUGCUCCUCAAAAACCUUUAUUUUGAUUUCAAAGCACUGUAAUAUAUUCAUACUACACAAAGCACUUUCUUGCUGUUUGAGGGCGCUCUUUUACUCGAAUUGUAUUGGUGAACUAAGAGCAUUAGUACAGCAGGGCAAUUUUGUUAAGCGGAGUAUGGGUCAGCCUGGAAAAAAAAGAGGAAAUUUAUCGCUUUUAUCUCAUAAUGACACAGGUCAAGAUAGGACUUUUUUUUAAUUCCAUCUGAUAGAAAGAAUAUAUUUCAACAGAAAGAGUUUCUUUAAAAUACAGCUGGAGUAACCUGCAAAAAAAAAAAAAGAAACUUAACUGAAUGAGAUAUUUGCCAGUUGUGCAUAUAUUGUUUUUUAUAACCACACGCGUGUGCGCAUUAAUUAUAUCACAUUGUUGUGUGUUGAUUACACAUUCAUACUUGAUUCUCAUGUGUGAUUGUGUAUAUGGAACAAACACACACGUUCAUAUUUGUAUAAAGACACACAUAUAUUUAUAAUGAAUAGGCCUAGUGCAGGUCUUGCGUUUUAUUUUACUGAUACAGAAGAAGAUGUGUGCUAAUAUGAAGUCAUAUGCUAUAAUUUAUAAAGAGAAGAAUACUUUUAAGGUUUUAAAAACCAAAAAUUGAACCUUGUGUUGGACGGCUAAUUGCCAGAAUCUAGCUAUUUCUGCAUUUCUUUACGAAAUCAGAAAGGAAGAAUUCUGGUUAAAACAUGUAUUAUGCCUUUCAUAUAGUGCCUAGUGUUUUAUGUAUUUAUUUAUUUAUUGUUAUUAUUAUUAUUAUUAUUAUUAUUAUUAUUGUUAAUAAUAAUAUUAUUAUUGUUAUUAUCAUUAUUAUUGUUAUUAUUAUUAAUGUUAUUAAUAAUAUUAUUAUUAUUAUUAUUGAUAAUAAUAUUUUUUAAUUGAUGAUUAAAACUACCAUAAUCCAAAUGAAUUUGUAAUAAUAAAGAGGGAUUAAUUUAAUUCAGCUAACUUUGUUAUUGUGAUUUUUAGAGACAACUCCACAGAGGUAACCAAUCAAAUGAAAACAAAUUUAUAAUACAACUCUUUUAUAACAAUGAAACAUUCAGCAAUGACCAAACGAGACACGUAAAAUUCAUUUAAAAAAAAAGAUUGUAGUGAUUCCUUUGUUUCACAAAUAAUGACUUACCCACCAGCUUCCUUAAAGAUUUAUUUCAUUACUGUAAAAUUUUUAUUGAUGAUUUGAAUUUAUGUUCUUUCGGUUUAUCUUCUAUUAGGCAUUUACCUGUUAAAGCAAUAUUUCAAAUCAAAAAUUUAAUUAAAAUAAUUUUUGUGGAUCUUUUUUUCAUUGGUUUUUAUAAAAUUUGGUGCCAUUCCUUAAAGGUGCAUGACUAGCCUAUUGAAGAUAUCUUACAAAUUCAUUUCAAUAAUUGUAAACAAUUUAUUUUCAUUCGAAGAAACUGAUUUCUCAAAGGACUUUUAAAAUCAGUUUUUGUGUAAUCUUUAACAAAAUGCUGCAAAGUCAUAACUAAUAUUAUUGAUUAUAGAUCAUGCAUCAAAUAAUAUUGAUUUCAUUGAUAAAAUUGCAUUCAAUUUUAUGUUAUCUCAAUCUUCCAAAAUAAUAAGGGAAAAAAACAGAUGUUUAUAUUAUAAUAAUAAAUAAUGAACAGGAUUUUUUUUUUCUGCCUAUAAGCCACCUGUUCAUACAUAAUAAAUCAAUGCUCAGAAAAAUAAUAUGUUGGUUUUUUUUAAAUAAAUUUUGUAACUGACUGAGGGCGCUGUAUAUGUUGAUUUUUCUAUCAUUCAUAUUAUUUAAGAAUGUUGAUCUAAGCAUGCAAAGAUAUGAUUCAAUUCAAUUGCAUCAAUUAUUUACAUAUUUAAGCCUUAAUAUAUGAGUUUAUUUAACUGUAAAUAUUGUAAGUAAAGCAUCAGAAUUGUACUGUAUAAUAAAGAAGAAGAUAUUAGGCUGGUGUUACAGGCUUGAACGAUCUCAUAUGCAAAUUUUCAUCCACUACUGCCUGAAUAUUCAAAUUGAGGUUAACUGUAUUCAAUUGCAAGUGGAAUACCUUACGAUCAUUCUCUCGCCAUGUUUGAAAUUCAUUUUGGAGUAAAAUCAAUAACACAGUUUUCAUUGUGCGUAAGGAAUUAGUGAGUUCUUUUUAAACCAGUAAUAUAUCAACGUUAUGCAUUAAACCAUUUUCCAAAAGGUGGUUUAUUGAAGAAGCAAUUGAGAGAGACGGUUACGUUUUAUCACGUAUGAACGCAUUUUUUCCUACUCGUUACAGUUACUGUACUGAAAAAUUUUCCCAAUGCUCUCUGAUUUUAGAAAGUAUUGACACUACAAUGUUUUAUCACUUGCAUAGCAAUAUGAUGAUGACUACAUUGUAAUAUUACUGUAAUUGAACAGUAAAAAACUAUAAAUGGCGGGAGGGAGUUUCAGUGUUAAUAAUCGCCACUGUUUUCGCCCGUUUUUAAAAGGCAUUGCCUAUGCAUAUAGGUUGAUAUAGGUUUAAAGAGGGUUUUAUUAAUACAUCUGAACCACAACAUAACGUAGUCACAAACUUCUAUUGAGUAUGCGUGCAAUUUUUUAAAAUCUGUUACUAUGUUGUAGUCUGCUUGUAGAGGUCACAUAAUCUCUCGCGUUUUAACAAGAAUGUAUUGUAUGAGAUACAGUUUUGCUUUUCGACUGCGCAUGCGUCGAUACAGUCUUGGAUUAUUAAUUCAGAUAAUUGGGUUUUUUUUCUGACGAUGGUAUAACUGGUUUAUCUUAGUAUUCACACCUCGUUUGCAUAUAGCUGCCAUUAACUAUGUUUGCAAUGUGGAAAAUUAUGUGGGCGUGGCAAUUCCCACGAUCCAGGUUUUGGUCACGUGAGUGAAAUUACCAUAAUCGUAACAAAGAGAAUUUGUGGGUAAGAUUUUACACCAGCAGUUUCACUCUAGUAAAGGUUUGAGCUUUUCCAGAUAUUUAUGCAAUUUGCGGCGAAAAACCUGGCCGUUAUUAAUGAGUUUGAUUUCGAUGUACAGUAUUUCCAACAACAGUCAAGCAUUGGCCUAGUAAUGUACAAACUGUAGGGUAACAUUCCAUUGGGGAUAGGCCUAUACCUAUUGCUGAAUCGAAAACUUCCCCAGAUCUCGUAAUAUUUUGAGGGGGUUCUUAUUUAUGUACUGUGUUUUGUGUGUUUAUUCAAAAUGUAUACUCUUGGGUUUUUUUCUUUCCAAGAGGAAAACGCAACAUUUUGCUUCGAGAAUGUUUCCGUUUAUGGGACAGUCUGUAUUUAUAUUUUUGCUUCAAUUUCUUGUGAUUGUAAAUUGUCAUUGUAACAGUGUAUCAUAAACAGCUUUUAAAUCUACGAUUUUAGGUUUAAUCGCUGAACUUUUCAUAUCUUAUCUGUAAGAAACAGUUGAUGUUGUUUUUAUCGAUCUGGGGUUACCCACAUCCAUGUUCCAUGCAUGCUUAACAUUUUCUUUAACUGCAUUUUGUCGAUUUCUAAACUUACCAUGCAUUGUACGUCGUUCUGACUACUCAUGUCUUAAAACUGAUUUUAUAAAUUCAAUACAAGAAAUAUUUUUAAAAGGAAAAAAAAAACUGCCAUUGUUAUAUGGUCCAUGUCGAUGAUGAUGCGGCCAGCUCUUGGGCGAUUUUCUACUGAUGUAAUAAGCCCAUAUUAUCAGCCAACUUCUUUGUUCGUUCUGUGCCUAACAUAUUGAGCUUGGGGGGAGAUGUGGAAUAUGUAUUUUAUUGAAACAAUGUAUAAUGAAACAGUGGUGAUAUUUCAUCAGCCGAUCACCAUCAGUAUAAAUAAAUAAAUAUGGAAGUGUGCGAAGAA